ACGUGAUAGUUGCAAACUUAAAAUUAAUCAAUGUUGCCGGUUAUAUAAAAUAGGUCCAUUUGCUUAUAACACAAAAUAAGAAAUUAUAUUUAUUCUAAACAUGCCACCCGCCUUGAAAGGACGCAGUUCUUUCGAAAAAUAAUAUAGAUUAAAAAAACUCUAAAAACUUACAAAGAAUAAAUCUAAAACAACAUAGUUCUGUAUUAAACCUAAGUAGAUAACCUUUAAAUCUAAGUAUCUAUGGGUAAAACGCACACACGAUUUAUGACUCUCCUUACUCCGGUACCACGCACUUUAAGUGUCACUACUCGGGUUACACCAUCUAGUCCUGGAUGUAGCGCAGUUACUCUACCAAGGGGCCAGUGUAGCGGAGGUGCAUUAUUGUCCUUCACCAAAACUAGGGAUCCAACCUUCAGCAUCUGGUCAGCGUUAGUACGCCAUUUUUGCCGCAUUUGAAAUUCAUUUAGAUAUUUAGACUAUAGUUGCUGAACCAUUAACUGUAUAGAUUGCCAUUUAUCUAGACGGUUCUCGGGAACAUGAGUGAUAUUCAAUUCUGGUAGCAUUGUUAAGGUACGUCCAAUUAAAAAAUGGGCUGGCGUCAAGGCUGUGUUAUCAUCAGGGUCGCUAGAUAGAGGACAGAGUGGCCUAGAAUUUAGUAUACUUUCCACCUGGAGGAGCAAUGUAUUAAACUCUUCAAACGUAAAAGACCUUGAGCCCGUUAGCCUCUUUAAAUGAGACUUUAUGCUUUUUAUUCCAGCUUCCCAUAAAGCGGAGAACACAUAUACGCGAUCACGACCACGAUCGCGAUGGCGAUCCUUGCGUUCAGAAGGGGUGGACACAUAUCCGCGAUCGCGAUUAGGCUCAGUCGAAGUGCACGCAUACAUAAACAGCUUAUUUUAAAUCUGAGGGCGGGUUAAAAGUGUCAAUGGAGGAUUUUGAGGAAGAGGCACUACUUCUUGCAAUAUUAUUGGAUGAAGAUGAAAAUUGCAAUAAUGAUAGGCGAAGGAUAAAAAGACGGAACGUUUGGGUACACGAGAUUAAUAAAAAACGUAAGGACGAAGGCGAAUUUCAUAGGUUAUAUCCUGAGCUCCGUAGAGACGAAAAUCGAUUCUAUACUUACUUUAGAAUGAAUUUUGAAUGUUUUGAUGAAAUAAUAAAUCUUAUCAAGGACGAUAUUACAAAACAAGAAACUACAUUUAGAGAACCGAUUGGCGCAACAGAACGAUUAGCCGUCACAUUAAGAUUUUUGGCAACCGGCGACUCUUACAAAACAAUCGGUCACAGUUUUCGAUUGGGAUUUUCAACAGUUGCUAUAAUUGUUGAAGAGGUUUGCACUGUUAUAUGGAGUAAACUGCAGCCAAUUUAUAUGCCAGAGCCCACACAAGAGCUAUGGGAAAAAUCAGUUUUGGGCUAUGAAAACUUAUGGCAGUUUCCCAACUGUUUAAGAAGCAUAGACGGGAAGCACGUGACAAUCAGGUGUCCCCAAAAUAGUGGAUCAAAUUAUUUUUCCUACUUAAAAAAAUUUUCAAUUGUUCUCAUGGCGAUUGUUGACCCUGAAUAUAAAUUUAUUUGUGUAGAUGUUGGUGCCUAUGGUAAAAAUAGUGAUGGAGGUAUCUUCGAGCAAUCUGCUAUGGGAAGAAGAUUUGAAAAUGGCACAUUUAAUAUUCCUCCUAACAUGCCAUUUGCCGGUAAAGAUGAUGAGGUUCCAUGUGUUUUGAUAGGCGAUGAAGCUUUUACCUUAAGUACUUACUUAAUGAGACCAUUUCCCUACAGACAAGCGAGAUAUGACCGUAAUAAAGAAAAAUUCAAUUACCAUCUAUGUAAAGCUCGUCGCGUUGUGGAAAACGCUUUUGGCAUACUGGCACACAAAUGGAGAUUUUUUUUUAGACCCUUAGAAGUAAAAGUUAGCACGGCUACAAAGCUUGUAAAAACAGCCUGUGUAUUACACAACUUUUUACGGGAAAAAAAUAUUGACCAAAAAUAUCUUAAUCUACAAGAACACAAUGAUAUGCCAGUACAGAUAUUCCAUCCCUUGCCAGUUGAUAGAAGAAGAGCGGUAAACCUAGCGUUUGGGAUACGUGAAAAAUUUGUUUCCCAUUUCAGUAAUUUGUAAA